GGAAACGAAGAAGAAGAAGAGAGGUUAAGUCUGUUUUCUGGUUCCGGAGUUAGCAUUACCCUUCGCUAACAGGCAGGAUGUUGACCCGACUAUUGCGGUUCGGGCCCGCUUUGCCCCGGUUAAUCUCACGUCAGCCGGCCCGGUUCGUCUCUCAGACGAAGUCGAGUAGUGCUGCCGGUACGGCCUCAGUGACGGAACUGCACGGGCCGGUGGACCAGGGUGGACACGGAGAGGUCGACCCUUACGUCAAGGUGAGCUUCUGUCCGUGGGUCCAGCAGUUUCAGAAUCAGCUUCCUGAGUGCAAAAUAUUAGGGAAUGAGUGGAUUUAAUGAUCUACAGAACCUAAUAUCAUUAAAAGAUUCAGAUAAUCUUGAGAGAUCUCUGUACUAAAGGGACAAGGACCGAUACCGAGAUUGGAUGGUCCUGAUCUCCUGGCCCUCAGCCAGCACUGCAUUGAAAACAGACAGGAGUCUGGAGUGGAAAUCCAAAUCCACGCGCUCCAAAUCACUUCCAAAAACCAUUGUCUGUGAAGACAGUUCAUCACUGCAUCCACACAUAAGAAUAAGACUGAACUCUGCCGAGGGGAAACCAGGUAGAAACAUGAUCUAGAAAUGCCGGUGACUUCUCUUGGCCCUUUUCAGGUGGAAUGAGGUGAAAUAACAAAUGGUCCUGCGGUGUGAGGAUUUUAAAUCUGACAUUUUUAUUUGGAAUCAGGCUCUGCAUCCUCAGCACUGACGAUAUGGGGAUCACCAGAGUCCGUGUCAUGGGUAGCUUCUACAUUUGUGAAGACUCCACCAAUGCAGAUCAAUAUCUACAGGUUUAGGAGCAACAUCUGCUGACAUCCAGACAAUGACUUUAUCAGAGAAGACCUUCAUAUUUUUGCAGGACAAUGACAAACCACAUUCUGCAGGGAUUACAACAGCAUGGCUCUGUGUUGGUUGCAUCAAAUCUAGUUUUAAGUUAGUAUUUUACACAGACGCUGUUCUGUUUUGGAAUUCGAGUUGUUGUUACGCUUGAACAAAAUUUAUACAUAAGAAUUUAUGAAUACUGGACCCAUGUAAUAAGUGUUUUCCAGAAGGUACUCAGUAAUCUUUCUGUCUAAUAGUUUUUUUUAAACAAUAAUCCUUCAUCUAUGCCAUAAAUAAUUAAAUCUUAAUUAAACUAAAUGUCUUUUUCUAAAACAUUUUUCCUAAAGUUUGGUGGAUUUCAAGCAGAUAGAGUAGCCUUAACAUACUGUAGCUUAAGUUUUCUCAAAUGUGGUCUUUCUAGUCCUUUUUUAAAUUAGUAUUGUUUUAUAGGCUGAUGGGUUGCUCCAUGCACAACUAAGCAGCAAAUGUUCUGAUAUAAAAUCCAAAAUUGUCGUAUUUCUUUUGAAAAAUCAUCAAAGAUAAUUCAGUUUUAAGAAAAUCUGUGUUUUUAAUUAGUGACAGAGUAAUCAAUAAUGAAAACAAAUGUUUAUUUCAGACUUCCCAGUGACAUAGACUCUACUGGAUCAGAUGCAGCUCUGACCCUGACUGACCCCUCUGAUCCCCUCCUCUGUGUUUGUUCAGAAUCCAGACUACCAUGGCUUCUCCAGUGACCCUGAGGUUGAUCUGUGGAACAUGAGGAUGGUAUUCUUCUGUGGGAUCUCGGUGGCAUUUGUUCUUGGAGGAACAUUUCUCGCCUAUUUACCAGACGAGACGUUAGUAAUUUUCAUUUCGUGUCAAAUGUAAAUUGAUGUUUUCAGGAGUGUCAAAGUGAAGUCUGUGCUGGGAAAUUAUUUUUGGUGAAAGGGAUACAUACUUACAGUAUCUCACAAAAGUGAGUACACCCCUCACAUUUCUGCAAAUAUUUGAUUAUAUCUUUUCAUGGGAAAAUACUGAAGAAGUGACACUUUGAUACAAUGUAAUGUAGUCAGUGUUCAGCUUGUGUAACAGUGUAAAGUUAUCGUCCCCUCAAAACAAUUCAACACACAGCCAUUAAUGUAUACACCCCUGGCAACGAAAGUGAGUACACCACCAAGUGAAAAUGUCCAAACUGGGCCCAAUUAGCCAUUUUCUCUUCCUGCUGUCAUGUCCCUUAUUAGUGCUACAAGGUCCCAGAUGUGAAUGGGAGGCAGUUGUGUUAAAUUUGAUGUUAUUGCUCUCACACUCUCUCAUACUUAUCACUAGAAGGUUAACAUGGCAUCUAAUGGCAAAGAACUCUGGGAGGAUCUGAAAAAAAGAAUUGUGGCUCUACAUAAAGAUGGCCUAGGCUAUAAGAAGAUCGCCAACACCCUGAAACUGAGCUGCAGCACAGUGGCCAAGACCAUUGAGCUGUUAAACAGGACAUGUUCCACUCAAAACAGGCCUUGCCAUGGUUGACCGAAGAAGUUGAGUGUACAUGUCCUCCCAGGAGGGAGCCUCUUAUAAAGAUGAUGCACAAGAAAGCCUGCAAAGUUUGCUAAAGACAAGCAGAGUAAGGUAAUGGAUUACUGGAACCAUGUCCUAUAGUCUGAUGAGACCAAGAUAAACCUAUUUGGUUCAGAGAGUAUCCAGCGUGUGUGGCGGCAACCAGGUAAGGAGUACAAAUACAAGUGUGUCCUGCCUGCAGUCAAGCAUGGUGGUGGGAGUGUCAUAGUCUGGGGCUGCAUGAGUGCUGCUGGCACUGGGGAGCUGCAGUUUAUUGAGGGAACCAUGAAUGCCAACAUGUACUGUGACAUAUUGAAGCAGAGCAUGAUCCCCUCCCUUUAGAUACUGGGCUGCAGGGCAGUAUUCCAACAUGAUAAUGACACCAAAAACACCCUCAAGACGACAGCUGCCUUGCUGAAGAAGCUGAGGGUAAAGGUGAUGGACUGGCCAAGCAUGUCCCCAGACCUAAACCCGACUUGGCAUCUGUGGAGCAUCCUAAGAUGGGAGGGGAAGAAGCUCAAGGUCUCUAACAUCCACCAGCUCUGUGAUGUCAUUUUGGAGGAGUGAAAGAGGAUUCAAGGAGCAACCUGUGAGGCUCUGGUGAACUCCACGCCCAAGAGGGUUAAGGCAGUGCUGGAAAACGAUGGUGGCCACACAAAAUAUUGACACUUUGGGCCCAAUUUGGACAUUUUCUCUUAGUGGUGUACUCACUUGUGUUGCUAGGGGUGUACACAUUAAGUGCUGCGUGUUGAGUUAUUUUGAGGGGACAAUAAAUUUACACUGCUACACAAGCUGUACACAAGCUGUACACUGACUACUAUCAAAGUGUCAUUUCUUAAGUGGUGUCUUAUGAAAAGAUAUAAUUAAAUGUUUGCAGAAAUGUGAGGGGUGUACUCACUUUUCUUAGAAACUGUAAGACUCACAGGUUUUCAUGAUCAAAGCUGAAUAAGAGAAACAAAUCAUUCUUUGUUGUUUCUCAUGUCUGUCUGCCUGGUUUGUGUCCCUCUGCAGUUCAUGGGCCAGGAGGGAAGCAGAGAAUCUCAUCGUAGAGAGGGAGGCGGCCGGUCUUCCUCUUAUAGAUGAGAACUACUAUGACCCAAGCAAGAUCAUCCUGCCCACAGCUGGAGAGAAGUAGAGCAUUCAGCCUGCAUUCAACGUGUUCAUGAUUAUUGUAUUUCACUAUGAGAGAAUAAAUUAUGUUGUUUAAUUGUGUAGUUAUCAUGUGUGCUCAAUGAUUUCUUCAAGUUGCUUUUUAAGAAGUUCUGAGUCAUGUGUGAAAGGAGAAUCUACAGGGAUACAUUCAACACCAGUUCUGCAGCUUCUUGAGUUUUGAGCUCAGCCUCAAGUAAUUAUUUUCAAGCAGUAAUUAAGAUUCAAUCCCCCACCGUGCACAUUACUGUAAUCUGACAAUAACAUGCAAGAGUAGAGCGACUAUGUUUAAUUCCUGCCACUUCAAAAAAGGGCACAUUUUGAGGAAAGCAUUUUUGCUUAACUUGAGCAGAUCUAUUUAAUUAUGCAUCCUGUAACUUUGCAAUUUUUAAUGUCAAAUUCAGAAGAAAAAAGUGGUAUAAUAAAUGCUGUAAUAAAUUAAACAGUUUUUGCCAAAUAUGAAGCCUAAUUAAAUUAAACAAAAACACUAACAGGUCUAAAUUAACUACUAUUGAGUCACAAUCUAUGGUCAUACGCAAUUGCAUCUCUGGCUCUGUAGAUCAAACUGGGAAAAAAAUGUUUUUGUUGUUUAGUGUAGUCAAGACUUUUGUUGAUAAAUCUGUACAUAGGUUUAUGUUGAAUUAAGGUUAGAGAGUGACAUGGUCAUUAGGAGUGGUUUAAUUUGUGGGUGAAUUGUCAUAAUAAAAUAUAUUUGGGUUAAAUUUUCCCUUUAAAAAAAUAAAUGCUAGGACAUGUUUAUCGAUA